UCAUCUCCGGUAAUGUGAUAAACAUCCUUCUCUCUCACACUCCGCCCACUGCACAGCUCCAUGCAGCAGCAACAAGUCGUUCCCUUCUCUCAAUCGCAAAAGAGCUGAAGUAUGACUCGUCGUGUGGCAGUGAUUGGAGGAGGUAGUUCAGGUCUAGCCUGUAUCAAGUGUUGUCUGGAUGAGGGGCUGGAGCCUGUCUGCUUCGAAAGCAGCGAUGACAUCGGUGGUCUGUGGAGGUUUAAGGAGAAUCCAGAGCCAGACAGGGCCAGCAUCUACCACUCUGUCAUCAUCAACACCUCUAAGGAGAUGAUGUGUUUCAGUGACUUUCCCAUCCCUGCACACUUCCCCAACUACAUGCACAACUCCCUCAUCAUGGAUUACUUUCGGACGUACGCUGACCACUUCCAGCUCACCAAGCACAUACGCUUCAAUACCAAAGUCUUGCAGGUGAAGCAGAGAUCAGAUUUCUCUCAUUCAGGCCAGUGGGACGUUGAGACGGAGAACAAGGAUGGCAAAAAGGAGAAACACAUUUUUGAUGCUGUGAUGAUCUGUAUUGGACAUCACUGCCAACCCAACUUGCCACUGCAUGACUUCCCAGGAAUUGACACUUUCAAGGGGAAGUACUUCCACAGCCGAGACUACAAGACUCCUGAGGAGUGGAGAAAUAAAAAGGCUGUAGUGCUUGGAAUAGGAAACUCUGGAGGAGACAUAGCAGUGGAACUGAGCAGAGUCACCAAGCAGCUUUACCUGAGCACUCGAAGAGGAGCCUGGAUUCUGAACCGAGUUGGGGACAACGGGCUUCCCUUUGAUUUGUUUUUUAACAGGGUGGUGAAUUCUCUGCAGAACAUCAUUCCCUUUGGGCUUUUCUGUCGUAUCGGGGAGAACCUGCUCAACCAAAGAUUCAAUCACACUCUGUACAAUCUCAAGCCAAAGCACAGGCUGUUCAGCCAACAUCCUACAGUGAAUGAUGAGCUUCCCAACCGCAUCCUAUCUGGAACAGUUCAGGUGAAACCCAACAUCCGCAGGUUUCAGGGGUCCAGUGUGGAGUUUGCUGACGGAAGUGUCGUGGAAGAUGUCGAACUGGUGGUGUUUGCCACAGGUUACAGGUUUUCCUUUCCAUUCCUGGCCUCAAAUGUGGCCUCAGUGUCUGAGAACAAAGCAUCUCUGUACAAGUAUGUGUUUCCUCCUGAGUUGGACCGCCCCACUCUGGCUAUCAUUGGUCUCGUGCAGCCACUGGGAGCCAUUAUGCCCAUCUCUGAGAUGCAGGCCCGAUGGGCCACACGUGUCUUUAAAGGCUGCAUCAAGCUUCCCCCGGUGGCUUCCAUGCUGAAAGAUGUCCAGUGCAAGCAGGAGACAAUGGCUAAAAGGUAUGUCCCCAGUCAGAGACACACCAUCCAGGUUGACUAUGUCAGCUACAUGGAUGAGAUAGCAAUGCUGGUGGGGGUUCGACCCAACUUCCUGAAGCUGAUGCUGACUGAUCCCAGGCUGGGACUGAAUGUGAUUUUUGGUCCCACUACUCCGUACCAGUAUCGUCUCAGAGGGCCAGGGAAAUGGGCUGGAGCCCGUCAGGCCAUCUUCACUCAGUGGGAGAGAGUGUUUAAACCCAUGCAGACCAGACCCUGUGAUGAUCCCAAACCCAAGAGAUCGUUGAUGUGGCCUCUGAUCCUGUCAGCUGCUGCUGUGGGCUUGGCUGCCUACGUUAACAGGAACAACCUUUCACCUUUCCUACAGGACCCCACUGCACUGUUGGACAAGAUAAAAGUUUACCUGCCUGCACAGUGAUGUGCAAUUCAUGCUUGUUCCACUCACAAAUGUGUUACUCAUUUAACACAUGUAUCAUACAUGUAUGCAGUUUUUACACUACCCCAACUUCUGAAACAGACAAUAUACUAAGAUACAUAAAUCAAUGAUGACACCUCAUGAUGGCUUUAAAGGUCAACUGAUGUAAUACUAUGCCAAACAUAUUCAACAUAUCUCUCUGUGAUUGCUCGGACCCCGGUCUGGGAUCUCUAACUUCUUGGCAAAGCAUACCAGUUUUCAAAUAGCUAUUAAUCUACUGUCAUUGUCAUAUGAUGUUUCCUGUUUUAGUUUGAAAAUCCACUCCUCUUGUGUCUUGUCUUGUUUUAAUUCCUGCCUUUGUUUGUUUCCCGCCUGUGUGACAGUCCUCUUCAGAGUUUAAUCUGUUCUUCAUCCGCCCUGUUGGCACCUGUCCAUCGUUAUAUCAUUCCUUUCUUCUUUCUUUGUGUAUUCACUCUCUCUGCUGUCCUUUUUCUUUUGUCAGUUCGUCUUUGUUGCCUUUGGUGCCACUUGCAGUUCUGUUCGUUUGUGAUCUACCAGCUGUUCCUGCUUGUCUUUUUGGGAACCUUUUAGACUUUUAUUUGAUUGAAAGUAUCUUGAUUGAAUCUGCAAGUCUAUUACUCUGCAUUUGGGUCCUCCCUGCUUAUGCUGCUCCCUGCACCGUGACAGUACCAUCCUGUACCCGCACCUGUUUCGUCUGAUUCCCGGUAAACCCACCAGCCUUCUGUCCCCGACCUUUUUGAUCUCUCGAGAUCUGCUUCUGCAUUCUUGGUUCCUGUUUGCCUUGGUGUUUCCGUCCGCCGCCGACGCUACAGUGUGAGUGUUCCCAUCUACUUACCUGUGGUUUUCUGGUGGUCUAGAGACUCUCACUGUGUCACCACACUCGUCCUUGUGUGUGUGUUCUGUGAGUGCCUACCUGCUGGCUUUCAGAUCCUCUGCCUGGCUUCAACUUAGCUUCUGCCUGUCCCCUACAAGCUUGUCUGCUUGGACUGUUUGCCUACCUGGUUUCAGAUCCUCUGCCUCCACGACUACGUCUCCUGCCUGCUCCUCUACAGUACCGUUGCCUUUACCUGAACUGAAUUUUGUGUGUGUUAGGGAUUCAUUGUUGGAUUGUUGAACUGCACUGUGUGUUGCUUUACCUGCCCUGCUUUGUAACUGCUGAGUUUGGUAUUAAAAGUCCUUCCCAACUGUU